AUGGCGGUCCAUGGUUUAAAUCCCGAGGAAGUCAAUACGUGGAAGACCGAAGCAGCCUGCGGGGCUAUAUCUGCAUACCAGGACUGCGUGAAUUCAAAGCUGAGCUUGAAGUGUGGCCCCAAAGUAUUGCCUCAGACGCCACAUGUGCUGCACUACGUUCGAGACUUGUACAACCAAUACAACUGGACAUGCCGAGCAGGUCAGGCUGAUAACUGCGACGGCAACGAGGUGAUAGACUCCUUGACUGAGUGCCUCGGUUUUUUGAAUGUGUUGGUCCUUCCGUACAUAACGAACUCAAGCAAGAAUGCGUCACUUGAAACGGCGUGCACGGGAUACCAGGAAUUCAAGUACUGCAUAUCGUCAUCCAUCAACGCAAAAUGCCCACGCAGCCCGUACGUUCUGCGGCUGCCUCGGGUGCAGUACUUCACUCAUGACCUAGUGCAAAACUACAAGUGGACGUGUGAGGCGGUUCAUCAAAAAAAACGACAGGCAUGCCGAAGCGAUGAGCUUUUGGCGCAGCUGGAAAAGUGUUAUGGUGACCACGUAAAAUCCAAAGUGAUUCCCAACGCCGUCCCUGGCAACGAGCUGGACCAGCUUCGGUAUGCCUGCAGUGCACUGAACACAUACCAAGAAUGUGUGAACGAGGAAAUAACGGGUAACUGUGCUGGAAACCAAGGCCAGGUGCUUCUACUAGAUGCGGUGAAGAACUACACUUACUCUGUGUACGAACAAUACCAAUGGGCUUGCGACAAUCACCCCGACUGCAACAAAAACAGUCUCCUGAAUGAGCUCAUCAGUUGUAAAGGAAUAAUGACGACUAAAGUGAUGCCGAAUGCCGCUAACAUAUCCGACAUGUCAAAACUGAGUGAAGCAUGCCGGGGCACUCUCCUUUACCAGGACUGUGUUCGUGAGAAAAUGAACGCUAAGUGCGCCGCGGAAUCGCCCGUGUUCCUUCUUCCCGAGGUGGCCUAUUUCUCAUUUGCGACGUACAACAAGUACAACUGGACUUGCUUCCGCAAACAAGAAGGACGAGUCAGCGAUACCGCAAACAAGGCUGGAUUAGUGAAACAGUUAAAAGAAUGCUAUGGGUUCAUACUUUUCGGUGUCAAACGUCCUCUUCGAAACAACUUCAAGGACAAAGCGUUGCGUGAAGCCUGCGUGUAUUACCUCGAUCACCAAACAUGCGUUGAAGACCAACUUCAAGAAUGCCGGUUUUUUCCUUCGGUGCUCAAGCUUUCGCGCAUUCUAAAACAUACAAGCCUUCUCAACGACAGCUACAGGAGCUACUGUUCUUUUCUACAGCCAGAUAAGCCGAAGUGUUCUUCUGAUACACUGUCUGAGAUGUACGAGCAAUGUCUGGGAUUCAUCAGUUAUGGAGUCGUUCCAAACUUGGGCUCUGACACUACCGAAUUAGACUUGCCUGCAGUCCAGAGGUAUCUUGACAACUACAAGGGCUGCAUACAAGAAGUAACCAAGCUGACCUGCGGGAGCACAGAGAUAUCGCAAGAGAUGCAGAUUUCUCUGACGAAGCCCGUACAGAUUGUCAAAAAGUAUUCUCAUUUCAUCAGUGCGAACAACUGUUCUGAAAGCAGCCUCAGCUCCGCAUUGCGCGAAUGUGAUGGUAUUUGGGACAUUGACGUGGAGCCUUUGUUAAAAUACACUGAAAACAGUGAUCUCAUUCAAGUCUGCAGCUCAAUCGAGAUAUUCGGAAACUGUGUGAAGCAGAAGGUCAUUCCUUUAUGCGAAAAAAUGGAGGUCGCGUCUAGCCACCAAAGUGUCCAUGCGUACCUUUCAAAUGCUCUUGACGUGUACAAGACGGUAUGCUCGAAGGACCUGAAUGCAGUGAAUGAGGCCAUGUGCAGCAAAACGGAACUCGUGUCAGCAUUCAGCCAAUGUGGAGGCAUAAUAGAGUACAGGGUUGCUCCUUUCGCCGAUGACCCGCACGAUAAAGUGAAGCUCGGCGUUGCCUGCACUGGAGUGCGGGAAUACAAAAGGUGCAUAUUUUCACGGCUUUCUCCUGUGUGUGAAGACAAGAUUGUUCCCAUGACUAGCGACGUCACAAAAUACUUGAGAAAUUACUACAAUAUGUACGACUGGACGUGCAAUGUGACCCAGCCUCGUGACCGCUGUGACAAAGAGGAACUGAGGAAAAGCUUGUCAAAAUGUGUUGGACUCUUAAAUAAGGAGUUUGACGUCUCCGUCAUGGGGCUCAACACCGAGUACUUAUGCACCUUUCUGGAGGACUACAAGCUGUGCCUUAAUAUGCGAACCAGUCCUGAAUGUCGAAGAGAUGAUGUUGUGAUGCGGUCGCCGGAUAUCAUCUACUAUACCACAGAAAUAAUAUCCAAAUUUAUGGGGCUAUGCAAUAUGAUUGAUGUCAAAGAAUGCAGCAGAAGCACAAUUCUGGAAAGUGUUUAUAGAUGUAAAGGACUCAUCGACUACGGGCUGAUUGACAGCGUUCAAGACAGCGGGGACGUUGAUGCUAUGAAGCAAGCAUGCGGCGGGCUCUUCCGCUACCGCCACUGCGUGCAUUCCGAGAUAUUCAAAGUUUGUGACGCGUCUAGCCCUGUCCUCCGAGACAAUACCGUUCAACAGUACGCCGUAGGUGUUCCGAGAAACCUAUCUUGGGUCUGCGACCUCAACACCAAACCAGAGGACUGCACCGUCAAGAACAUACUGCCUUCGAUCUCGGAAUGCCAGGGCUUCAUCGAAGGCAUCGGAGAUCCUCACAGCCUCCGUAAAUCUGAUUCAUUCGCCCUGAGCGUAGCUUGCAGCUUUGUUCAGCAGUACAGAGAGUGCAUCGACCUGAACAUUCGCUCUGUUUGCAAAGAGCCGAAAGUUUUAUCCGAAAUAUCGGAAAUCAGCUUCUACACUCAAGACUUAUACCACAAGUACUUGUGGACGUGCGAGAGAAAGAGAAGUCGCACACUUUGCAACAUGGACGAUCUCGUCGUUCAUCUGAAGCAAUGCGAGGUGUUCCUGAUACCCGGAGUCGUUCCCUAUGUCGACAACACGUUCGAGACGCUAAAGUACAGCUACGUUUGCGAUGCACUUGAGGACUACAAGUAUUGCGUGGUGUCGAAAAUAAGCAAACACUGCGGUUACGAAACCGCAGUCGUGCAAAAGCCAGCCGUGAGAAAGUACCUCUUUGAUUUGUACGACAAGCACAAGUGGAUAUGCCAAGAAAACGUCAUUACUGAUUGCAGUGCAAGGCACGUUAUGGCGCAUGCAAAAAGUUGUGAAUUGCAUUUAAAUUUCACCUCACAGUCUCCGCUUGCCGCGAGGGAUCCGGGAAGCAGUACAGUGGUCUGCAGAGGUCUACACCAGUACCAUGCCUGUUUUGAGAAAACUUACUUGUCACAUUGUGGCCGUACAAAAUCUCUGCAUCUCUGGAAUAACAUAAAAGCUAUGGCCUCAAAGCGGGCAAAACAUGCACAGGAAACCUGCUUGAAACACAAAGACCCUAUAAGUUUAGAUUCAUGCAAUGCAAAAGUGCUCGCCGAAAGAUCGCGAAGGUGUCAAGGGAUCAUUGAUACAAACUUAAUUCCAAACAUCCGUAAAAAGAACAACAUUCCUAAGAUCAAUGAGGCAUGCAGUGCAUACAAGCAGUUUCAAGAGUGUCUCUACCAAAACCUUGGCCACUGCAAUAUCUCCAUCGCUCCCAACAGAGAAAUCCUUGACAAAUACAAGUGGGUUUGUUCCGAGGCACUCAAUCAAAGUGCGACCGCUUCGUGCAACGCAACCGAACUUCUGAGCGAGAUGCAAGGCUGCCUUGGCAUCAUGUACUUUAUGGUGAUCCCUAAUGCCGGGCAGAAAAACAACAAGCCGGCGCUUGCAAAAGCCUGCGAGGGUCUCAAGCAUUAUCAGAACUGCGUCCUGGGCAAAACGACGCGCGUAUGUGCUUCUAAAGUCCUCGUAAGAUCAACCAAGGUGAGACGGCUGACGCGCCACAUCACAAAAAAGUUCAGCUGGACAUGCUCUCUGAGCGGUCAAGAUCAGAACUGCAAAACGCACAGCAUUGUGGAUCACCUGAAAACUUGCCUCGGGUUUAUUGACUUGGCUGUCGCGCCAAACAUAUUUCAUACCGAGGACAAGGCUAAAAUGCAAAUCGCUUGCAGCGGCCUUGAGGACUACCAAGACUGUGUAGACAGUAAGAUUUACGAGAUGUGUCCACCGCUGAACAAAUACCUAAAACGAAAAGAUGUCAAACUUUUCACGGAGUUUCUUCCAAGCAAGUACAGCUGGGUCUGUCACACAAGCUACUCUCAUCAGUGCACUCUUCAGAACAUCAUGGAAAACUUGAAGAUUUGCCGUGGACUUGUAACAAGUGUGUUGUUCGCGAAAUUGGAUAGCGGGAAGCUCGUGGGUAACAGCCGUCCAAUGGCGUGCAGUGCCUUGCAGUCAUUCGAGCUUUGUGUCAUGGUGCAAACGGGAAGGAUAUGCAGUCCGGACGACCUGGUUUUGCACCACCAUGACGUAAGGGCAGCCACGACCGAAAUCCUCGACGCAUACGGCUGGGUGUGCAAUGACACAGGUUCCAUGGACUCCACUUUCGUGGAUACUGCUCUUGCAUUCCGGAAAAGUGGCUGCGAGGACGAUCUGUUGAGGGACAGGCUCAUACAUUGCCGAGAACUGUUCAACAGAACGUUACCACCUGAACUUGCCUCCGAAAAAUUUCAUUCCGGGGAUAUCGAACUGACCUGCAAGGCCGUGAUGUCUUACGAAGAGUGUACACGUGCUGCUCAGCAUGAGCUCUGCUCUAAGAUGGGAGAAAAUGCCAUUGUUUGGGAAUAUUCCAGAGAUCUUUACAGGGAGUACAACUGGACAUGUAAUCUGGCUUCAGACGCCCUAUGUGAUGAUUCCUUCCUGCUGAAGUCUAUACCAGCAUGUCUUGCCAUCCUCAAAAAUGAAGUGAUUGAACACGUUGGUGGCAUAUCAAACGUCGAGACACAGAAAGUAGCAUGCGAGGGAUACAAGCGGUAUCAACGCUGUGUCAAGUACAUAGUUGACUCUAGCUGUCAAAACAUCGAUAUCGACAACACGGCAAGCCACGUAGGAAUCAUGGCAUUCCUGACGAGGAAGCUUUCUUCGAGCUUUCAGUGGACCUGCAAUGGGUUUCAUUGCAGCAGUGCUGCGGUAACAACAAGCAUUCGAGAAUGUGUGCGCAGCCUAGAAGAGCUUUCGAAUUCCUUCACCAGAAACGAGAGAGUUGAACCAUGCGCGAAGGUGACGGAAUAUCGAGAGUGCAUCCUCAAAAAAAUGAACGUGACCUGCACACUGAAUCAUCACCUUUUGCAGUCCAAAGAACUGGAGCACUACACGGACGCUUUGUACAAUGCUUUUGACGGAUUCUGCAGUGGUGUUAUGCCAGAAUGCAACAAAGAAGAAAUGUUACAGUCCCUGUACAAAUGCGAAGAAAUUAUUCUCAAGCAAGUUCAACCGCACACAACUGACAGAGGCAACGCCUAUGAAAGCCGGCUGGCAUGCAGAGGUCUUCACGAGUACAAGUGGUGUGUAUCGAACGUCAAAACCGUGUUUCACUGCAAGAGCGACGACGCAUUCGACAGUGAAGGGGACAUCGACAAAUUAGUACUCGCCAUCCAAGACAAAUACAACUGGACAUGCGAGCAAGACGCAAAAACAUGCAGUGCUCCUAAAUUCAAGUCCUACCUGAAACCAUGCUUCUCUAUUUUGGGGACGGAAGUGCUUCCGCACAUUUUAGACUACGACAAUGCAAGCGGUAUGGACAUAGCUUGUCGAGGGGUGCACCAUUACCAAAUAUGUGUGAGCAAGAAGCUGUACAACGUUUGCAAACAAGACAAGCCCAUAUACUCGAAUGAGAUGCUGUACUUUAGAGACAAAGUAACGGGGCUGUUGUCCUGGACAUGCAGCUGGACAUCUCCUAGAGGACGCUGCGAUGUCCACGGCAUGCUUCAGAAGAUGGCGCUUUGCGCGUCUGAACUCGAACAAGCGGGCGUUUCCACCAGCCCGGCUAACAACAGUGUCGCUGAAAAAAUGGCGGGCUGCAGGGCUAUGAGGAAGUACCAGAAUUGCAUCGCGAAAAUUCCUACUCAAGAAUGUUCGAACGGCUUGAAGAUCCCCUUCUCGGAAGAAUCUCGGUACUAUGUGUCAGUGCUCAAGAAAAAGUACGAGUGGGUUUGCAAUGGAAAUGGCGAUUACAUGUGCAACCCGGAACUAUUGCUCCUCUAUCUGUCCAAGUGUGAAGCUACGUUUAUGAAAUCAAACGUCAAUGACUACGUCGACGUUGACAUACUUGGCAUCACGGACUGCAGGGACGUCGAGAACUACCAGUGGUGCUUGCGGAAUUCGAUAUUCGAGUCUGACUGCGAGUAUUACCAGAACAUACUGACAUCACCCGAAGUUCUCUACUUCACAGACAAACUUCUCAGACCAUAUCUCCGGACCUGCCAAGUGAACCUAAAUUGUCAGAUUGGCACCUUGUACAGUCAGUUGUCAGAAUGCUCACCAAUUAUAAAAGUUAAGGUACUGCCGUUCGUCCAGCGAGGCUGGGUGCAGAACCCCAUCACUGCGUGCGGAGGCACCAGGGAAUAUCAGAAGUGUUUCAGGCUUGCUAUGCAGAAGACAACCUGUGACAGAAGUACUGCGUUGUUUAAACUGGCAGAAGUACAGUACUACAGGAAUUAUCUCUUCAACGCCUACAAUUGGACCUGCUUCGAACAUGCGGCUCCAGUUGGAUCAUGCGAGAAAAAUUUAGUGCUGCGAGAUCUGCAGAAAUGUGAAGGAUCGGUAUUCCAAAACACUACUUCUAGGAAGCCGCUUUCUUGCAGCUCUCUCUCCUUGGCCAACUUUUUGAACUGCGUGGAUAAAACGAACGUGAAGCUGGCCUGUAACGCGGAUCCGGCGAAAGUGUCAAACAUUGCGGAUCAUGCUCGGAAAAUCCUGCUCGACUACCGCGCAGCCUGUGACUUCGACUAUACUGUGAGUGCCCUUGGACGCAAAUUCCUCUUGAAUGAGUACCAAAAGUGUCAACUCAUGUUGAAGAAAUUUGAUCGCCUGCUCAAGUCGGCUCAAGUUCGUGAAACGAAAGUACUUGAUGCAUGCCGGUCUCUGCAGCUGUUUUCUUUGUGCACUGAGGCUGCCAUCAUACUCCACAAGAACGUUGACAGCCCACACGCAUCAGAAGUACGCAACUCUUCGGAAGCGUUGGCUAGGAGCUAUGAGCUAAAGUGCGCUCCGAACGAGUGCAACAGACACCAAAUUGUGGACGACUUGCUACGUUGCUUUCAUUCAAGCCCAGUUUUUUCUAACUGCAGUGUGGCACUCAAAAGCAACGUCACCACACUUUCCGAACCAUGCCUGACGGAGGUCUUCAAGGGUCACGCCUGCAGCAGAAAAGUUGACGUGGUCUACGUCGCACGAGAGCUGUUCAUGACCAAAGUGGAAGCGCACAAACGGGACUGCAACAUGCUUAGAUCCCAGUACCGACAAUGCAGCCAAGACGAGUUCGCAAGCUUCCUACAGAAGUGCUACGAAACCUUUUUAAGGGAAAUUACCGGAAAGUCUAUAGCCACGCCUAAGUUCUGCAGAACGUACCACAAGUACGGAACCUGCGUUGACGAAGCGAGUGCUGAGACAUCCUGCUUUAAUGUGACCAUGAUGCAAGCCCCUUAUGAACUCAGCCUGCGCAAUUUCACUUCGAAGUACGGACAGGUGUGCACGCAGUACAUUCGCAGCAUGAAAAGCAACGGCUCAUUUUCUUUCUGGCACCGCAAGAACAGCCGAAACAAGCACACCUCUUCCGAUGGAGAAGCUUUCAUCUCUGGCAAGUCACCGUCGACUGUGCUCCUGUUCAGCCUUGUGGCCGUGGCCGUGACCCCUCUUUUUUUUUCCUCAUUCACCUCCUGA